UACACACACUACUGGGAAUUCCAGAAAACAUGGAAAAGAAAGCAUGGCAUUUGAUCUAAUUAGUACCUACGUAGGUACUGUCAACAAUGCUGUCAUCCUUUUUUACAACCUCCUCUCAUAUAGUCAUAUCAUAAUCUUACUACAACUUAACAAUCCUGUGUUAAUUACAUCAAAAUUCCCAUCACUCCGAGAUCACACCUGAGGAUACCGCCAAAAUGUCAAGCUCAAUGGAGAGAGCGAGCGCCAAAGCCAAAGAGGUUGCGUAGGUUUAUUCCAAAGCAUAUUCCCCUCUUUGCAUAACACUAAUGGUUUUCAAACAAUAGAAAGGAAGAUUUCGAUAAAGCAAGGGAGUUGGCGCGCUCAGCAGCAGUCAGUGGAGCUUACCUCUACCCUAUUAAGGUACGUUAGAGUUCAAGACGGUUUCUUCAUUCUUCUAUCGCAUUUGAAGCUAACGAAGCACUCCAACAGGGAAUCUUCUACUUCAUCUCGCAUCGCACAUUAUGGAAACCGCUCUUGUCAAAACUCGUACCAACGCUUUCCCUAUCCGUCCUCGUCGUGGUUUUGAUGUUCAUGUUUACCUAUCUACCACAACUUGCCAUUCUAAUCUUUACCGAUGGACCACUGGCCGCUGUCUCCGCCGUCCUACUGACUCUUUCUGAGUCCAACACAAUUGUCACCAUGCUCUCCAAGAAUUUCAUCAUUGCUGAUGCUCUCGUUGAUACAUUUGACGGAGUGAUGGUGGCAAGAGGUCAAACACAAGUUGUGCAAGGUGGACGAGAGAUCAAAUCAGGGAAAUUUGGUGAUCCAAUGAGAAAGUUGGGCAAAAUUAUGAAAGGAUAUGGUCAAAAGUAUAGUUUUGAGGGCUUGGUAAGAUAUCUGAUGUAUCUGCCAUUGAAUCUUAUUCCAGUUGUUGGUACGGCGAUUUUUAUAGGUCUGCAAGGACGACAGAAGGGUGAAGGGGUUCAUUCAAGAGUAUGUUUGAAUGUCUUUUCAGGCGAGGAGUCCCAGGCUGACGAAAUGCUUAGUAUUUUCAAUUGAAGGGAUGGUCCAGUGCUCAAAAAGAAGCAUGGUUAAAGGAACACACUGGGGCAUAUACAUCGUGAGUUUGCCUUAUCCCUUCCAUCUCCUCCUAUUCUUUCAAAGUACCCCUCAUAUUUCCCUAGAGAUCAAACGCACAGCCUUUGGAUCUGCAAUGCAUUUGUUUGUGUCCCGGCAAGUGCAGUGCUCCUAUCAUUUUUACCCUACUUCCUGCACGCAUCUUCUGUAAAUGCGCUUUUGACAGGUAUCACAAAACAAGACGACGAUCAAUUUUCUCUUAUAAUCGGUCAAAACAGAAUCAACUUUGUUAACUUUGAUGUAGAUUCGGAACUGUCGCAACUAUUCUUGAACUUGUACCUGUUGCAUCUAUUCUAUUCUCAUUCACAAACACAGGUUACUGCCCUUGCUCUCAGCUCUACUAUCAAACUAUACUAACUAUCCCUCAGUUGGUGCAGCGCUGUGGGCUGCCGAUAUCGAAGGUAAUGAUAUGAAUAUGACUCAGAUCUCUUCUCCCCGGGCUCCAGAGGAGACUCAAAAAGCCGAGUAAAGCCUUUUCUGCAGCCUCCCGAAAUUGGCUAUAACAGUGCAACUUCGAGCCGAUCUCAAUGUUACUCUGUGACUUCGCUUGGAAGAUCCCCUGUAGCACAACAGUUAAUCUUUGCACCGACCCUUGCAGUUUCCGGUUGUCGGUAAUCAUUUUUUUGCUUUUCUGUCGAUCUUUGACGGUGAAUAUGGCGUUGGUAACUUGGUAUAUUUGGUAGCGAUGUGGAAAUACAUGGAAACAAGGGAUUGGCUUGGCCAAAAAAACAAACAAAUGGCAUUAAUGGCUUGCGUUAUUCGUUUCAAAAUCCAAAUAAACGGGUGAUUCCAUUGCGUUAUCUGCUGCAACUUGUGCCACAUAAAGCCAUAUGAAUACCAAAGCUAUCUACAUCUAGAAGCAUUUUGUGAGUUUAUUAUUCCGUUAGGCCAUUCUCUAGAGUAAAGGGAGAAUUAGACA